GCUGACAGUGUAUUGUAUUGCUAUAAAUGCCAGUAACUCGUUUCUGCAUCAAUUGUCUUCUGAUUAAUAGCAUGUAAUAUCUGCUGCGGGAAAGAUGGAUAUAACAGAAGCCAAUUUGAUGCUAUAUAAAUGUUUGAAUUUGUAAAACCAGGCGUAGUAGAUCUGCCGAUUCCGACACUUCAUAACCUAAGUGGCGCAUCGUACCGCCAUUUCAACAAACCAAAUUAUUUUUCACAGACAGGAAACAUCGUCACCAAAAUGAAGGAAUUAGUAGUAGUGACCGUUGUUCUAUUUACCACAGUAAUAUAUGGAGAAGUAGCGCGUUUUCCUCGUCUUGGACCAUGUAAAGACAUUACGGGCAAGGAAUAUCCGUUGAAUGUGGAAUUCGACAACGUUCAUGAUACAUAUUGCGAGAGUUGUACUUGUUUUGAAUUCAAUAAUGUCUGCGUAUCAAACACAAAAAUUCCUUUGAAUAUACACGAAAGUUGUGAAGCAAUAUUUCGAAAAGAGACGUGCGACUACCGUGUGGUCACUCGGGAUGACCCAGACACGGACUGUCCUUUCGAAUACCAGUUUGCCGGCGUCGUAAAUUAGUAAAAUAAUGUAUUUCUAUUAGAUAUCUAUAUGACGUAAUUAUAUCAUAUAUUUAUAUAAGUAUACUAUACACGUAUUUGUAUAUAAAAAUCGCUGCUUAUAUUGUACAAUUGAGACUGAGAUGACAGUUUCAAUUGAAUUUUAUGCUCGGAUGGAGGGAAAUGUAACGAUAAUUUAGUGCAUAAUGAGGUGAACAUUUGGAAAGGUUCAUGAGGAAGAUUAAUUAAAUUCUAAACAAUUUCAAUUAAUUGAGCUUCAUAUAUGCAUUAGAAUGUAAGAAUCAAAAAUAUUUUAUUUUAAAAAUAUAUUAUUUCGAUUCAAGUAUUUAAAUCGAAUGCAGCCUUAGAUAACGUAUAGCACUCUUAUAAAAGAGGACUCAAAAGCAGGGAAUUUUACUUAUAUUAAUGUUUAUUUUAUUUUUAAUUUUAAAGAGUUCAUUAAUAUAUUCACAUUCAUCUAUACUAAAAAAUAGUCAGCAAUCUACGUCCUAUUGUUUAUCUUCCAACAAUAUACAUUUAAUAAAACACUGUUGAUAAUGUAUCUUUCUCAAUGUGUCUGAUUCGACAACGUAAUGUACCUACUGCCAAAGUUGUAAU